AAUCUAGGCGUGUUUCCUGCUCCCGAAGAGAAGCCAGCCCUGCUUGCAUCCUACAACGCGAAAUUGGAGGAAAGAUUACCUUACAUAUUACCCAAAUAAUUGCUGUAUAAUCGGCAUAGAUCACAAAGGCUUUACUCGAAUUUAUUCCGUACCAUUUUAAGAGAAAUUCAAUGAAGGAUCCUUUCGGGAUAAACGCUUUUAACCAGCCUAACCAAUGACAUAAAUGUCAGUCGGUCAAGGUCCACUCACACUCCAGAUGUGAUUUUAGCAUUUACACGUUUAUUUCAGGCCAGCUACGCUUUUGAAUCCGAAUUUUUUGUUUAAAUUAGAACGGAGACGGUUUCAGAUUGUGCCAGAAUGGGAAAUCUUCGCUUUUGGAUGAGGAUUUUGCUUUUUGGUAUUUGAUUGGGACUUCAACCAUGGAUUUAAGUACAGAAAAGCAGAUAUGUAGAGCGACAGACUGAUGAUAUUAAGAAACACUGAAGAUCCGUGAGGAAACACGGGAAGAAGCAUACAAACAAAUCAUCCACGUGAACGAAGAAUUGCAUUUCUGCAAAGAAUCUCCUGUGUUUUUUAUUGCUGAUAACGCGUUAAUCGUUCGUUAAUCUCAGGUUAAUCAUUAAGUGAGCACGGCUGUGGUUUAUUACAGGUUAGGUUGACAAAAGACAAUCUGCUUGUACCUUCGCUACCAUGUCGGCGGUGAUGAUAACACGGAAGGUGACUCGAAAAUGGGAGAAAUUACCUGGGAAAAACACGUUCUGCUGCGAUGGACGGGUUAUGAUGGCUCGGCAGAAAGGAGUAUUUUACCUGACCUUAUUUCUCAUCAUUGGAACCUGCUCUCUGUUCUUCGCCUUCGAGUGCCCGUACCUGGCAGUGCACCUGUCUCCUGCCAUCCCUGUGUUUGCAGUGUUGCUCUUCGUCUUCGUCAUGGCCAUGCUGCUCAGAACCAGCUUCAGUGACCCAGGGGUGCUGCCGCGGGCCCUGCCGGAAGAAGCCAACUUCAUUGAGAUGGAGAUCGAAGCGGCCAAUGGGAACGUCAUGGCUGGACAGCGGCCUCCGCCCCGCAUCAAGAAUGUGCAAAUUAACAACCAGAUCGUCAAACUGAAGUACUGCUACACCUGCAAAAUCUUCAGACCCCCUCGUGCUUCCCAUUGCAGCAUCUGUGACAACUGCGUGGACCGUUUUGACCAUCAUUGUCCUUGGGUCGGAAACUGUGUAGGAAAGAGGAACUACAGAUAUUUCUACUUGUUCACACUCUCGCUGUCUCUGCUUACCAUCUACAUCUUCGCCUUUGACAUCGUCCAUGUGGUUCUACGUUCUGUAGACUCCGGAUUUGUGAAUACCAUUAAAGAAACUCCUGGAACUGUGUUGGAGGUUCUGGUGUGUUUUUUCACCCUCUGGUCUGUGGUGGGAUUGACUGGCUUCCACACCUACUUGAUUUCCCUCAACCAGACCACCAAUGAGGAUAUCAAAGGCUCGUGGUCGGGAAAGAACCGUGUGCAGAACCCAUACAGUCAUAAGAACAUCAUCAAGAACUGCUGUGAGGUUCUGUGUGGCCCUACUUACCCCAGUGUGUUGGACAGAAGAGGGUUCAUGCUUGAAGACUCGUCUAGCCCCACCCUCUCUGAUGCGUCUGCCACUUCCACCUAUAAGAACCCUGUUUCACAAACCACAAAAUCUUCAGCUCCCCUGAUUCCCAACGAACACACCCCUGACGAGGCCAAACCCGCCAUUGGUGCGGGCACCCAGAAGAGCACCAGCUCCCCUAAAGAAGAAAAACCCCCCUCGCCAAUAUCCCCAAACGCUGUCGCCCCUGCAGUCAUCAAAGAAUCGGCCCACUAGCUUGAAAGCCACCUUCUCCAGACUUCUCUCAACCCUCUGAAUGUGCUCACAUAAAGAAAAAGACACAGAAAAA